AUGGCAAGGAGAGAAAGAAGGGAGAAAGCAGAAAGCCAAAGAAAGAGCUCAACGGCUGAUAAAAAGACAGAAAACUCAAAUAAUAAAAAAGACACUACUCAAAUAAAAAAGAAUUACAUGUCACCCAUAGUCAUGGACGGAGUGCCAAAAGACCAUCAGGGGCUCACGAGUGUUCUCCGAGAAAUAAUCGAAGGUAAUUUCAACCUCAAAUACACCAAUAAUUCUACAAUUGUAUUUACUGAGGAAAAAAAGGACUAUGAUAACGUCAUUAAAAAUAUCAAAAAUGAAGAAAUGUCAUUUCACACAUACACCAGCAAAACCAAUAAGUCCCACGCAUUCGUGCUGCGUGGAUUUGGAGACGGCAAAAAAAUUGACGAUCUUGAAGAGGACCUGAUGCACAAUUACGAGAUUAAGACCAGAGCAAUUUACAGAAUGACCACCAGAAACAGGCCCCUAUUCCUGGUAAUAACCGAUCCUUCAAUAAAGCUCAAAUAUCUCAACAGAAAUGUCAGGGUGGUGCUUUACACCCGUAUAACGUGGGAGUUAAGAAGAUCAACAAAGCAAAUCAUUCAGUACCACAAUUGCCAGGCGUGGGGGCAUGCCACGUCCAACUGUGGAAAACAGCCAAACUGCUUGAAAUGUGCAUUAGGCCAUCACACAAGGACAUGUGUCAAAUCCCGUGACACACCAGCGACUUGCAUAAUCUGCCGAGGCGACCACCCUGCCAACUUCACAAAAUACGAUCCAGAUUCUAAAUAUUGUUUCAAGGGAAGUUGA